UAACCAUUCCUUCUCUUAAGAUGCACCUCACAUUGCAUCAAACUCCUUUUCAAAAAUAGAAAGGAGAAAAAGAAGAUCAAUCCAAUAACCAAAAAGAAAUAAAACUAGAGAGAGAGUGAAUUAAACAAAACUUUCAAUAAUUCCUCAGUUCAAAGGAGGUAAAGAGAAGCAAAAACAAAAAUAUCCCAAUCCACUUUUUUUUUCCUUGUUCUUCUCAAAAUCCUGCUUCUCUUCCUCCUUUUUUCUCAAUUCUCUUCAUUUUUCUCUCUAUGUUGUCUUAAACCCACAAGGCAUUGAUCAUCACCCAGUUGCCGGUUUGUUUUCGCUACUGUUUUCGGUCAAACGUUUCGUCAAGAAACUGAGAAUGGUUCGUGCUAUGGAGCAGGAGAACGACGGUUUCAGGUCCAGAUUCUUUCAUUUCAGAGGAACACAUGAGAGUACAGGUAGACAUGCCAAGAGCUUGAGUAUAGAGAGUGCCAGCAUGUUGGAAUCUGUCAUCGAAGAUGAUUUGUCGACAUCGAGAAGCCAAGGAUCGACUCCCGUUCACAACAACUCUGCUGAGAAACAACAGGCUGGGCCACCACUGGCACCAUCGAAUCGCUCUGAAAGGGCUCCAAAGCCGAAGUCAAGCAGCAAGGACGAUGAUCCUGCCACUGAAAAGGAAGCCAAAGACAAGAUGGCCUUAGAAAUGGAACAGAUGAAAGAGAGGUUUGCAAAGUUGCUGUUGGGGGAAGACAUGUCUGGGGGAGGGAAGGGUGUUUCCUCAGCCUUGGCAUUGUCUAAUGCAAUCACAAACCUUGCUGCUUCUGUCUUCGGAGAACAAUGGCGUCUUGAGCCAAUGUCAGUAGAAAGAAAAGCAAGAUGGAGAAAAGAAAUCGAUUUGCUCUUAUCCGUUACAGAUUACAUUGUAGAGUUUGUUCCUUCACAACAGAAAUCCAAGGAUGGAACGAAUAUGGAGAUAAUGGUGACCCGGCAACGGAAUGAUUUGCACUUGAAUAUCCCAGCUUUGAGGAAGCUUGAUGCCAUGUUAAUUGAUUGUCUGGAUAAUUUUAAAGACCAAAAUGAGUUCUACUAUGUAUCGAGAGAUGCCGACGACUCAGAGAAAGGAAAUAACAAGAGGAAAGAUGAUAAAUGGUGGCUACCUACAGCCAAAGUUCCUCCAAAUGGUUUGUCAGACAUGUCAAGGAAGUUUCUGCAGUACCAAAAGGACUGUGUCAACCAAGUCCUCAAAGCGGCCAUGGCAAUAAAUGCUCAAAUCAUAUCAGAAAUGGAGAUCCCUGAAGACUACAUUGAAUCGCUUCCUAAAAAUGGUAGGGCAAGCCUAGGCGAUUCCAUCUACAAAAGUAUAACAGUUGAGUUCUUUGAUCCCGAUCAGUUUCUCUCCAGCAUGGAUCUAACAUCAGAGCAUAAAAUCCUAGAUCUCAAAAACAGAAUUGAAGCUUCCAUAGUGAUUUGGAGGAGGAAGAUGAACCAGAAAGAUGGAAAAUCUACUUGGGGUUCAGCAGUGAGCUUGGAAAAAAGAGAACUAUUUGAAGAAAGAGCAGAGACCAUCUUGCUAAUACUUAAGCACCGCUUCCCUGGAAUCCCACAAUCUUCACUAGACAUCAGCAAAAUUCAGUUCAAUCGGGACGUGGGGCACGCCGUUCUAGAGAGCUACUCCAGAAUACUUGAAAGCUUAGCUUUCACAGUGAUGUCUCGAAUUGAAGACGUACUCCACGCGGAUGGGUUAACUCAGAAUCCAUCACAAAUAGCAACGAGGAGGAAAUCGACGAGCGAAGCUCCAGUGGAAAAGUCAGAAGAGAUGAACAACAAUGGCCCAGAAACGCCGGCUUCAAUGACGCUGUUGGAUUUCAUGGGGUGGGGAGCAGAUCAAAGCGAGACGGAGACGAAGAAGGAUUCAUUUGGGAAUUCGGAUGAUUUAUAUGCGGAUUCAGAUCUGAAACAAGCAAACAAGCCAGGGAAUAUAGUGACGAACAAGAAGGUUUCGUACUUGGAGAAUUUGAGCGCUGUGAGAAGUCCAACGGCACGCCAUUGAAGAAAAAGAAGAAGAAAAAGAAGAAUAGAUAGAGAGAUGAUAGGGAGGGAAAUUGAGAACGGCUUUUCCCAUAUUUUCUGUUAUAUAUAAAUUCCUUUGUGUAAAUAGGAGGAAGAAUGAGAUUUUUUUCUUUUUAAUUUUAAUUUGGGUUUUGGAAUCACAACCCCUUCUGUUUGUGUAAAACCAAAGUCUUUUAUGUAUCAUUGUAUCAAUCAAUGUAGUCAUUUUAGCUUCAUAAAUUACAUAUAUUUGUUGAUGGCAAAA